GGCUUUCGUGGCAGACUGUACUGGAGCUAUGUUGUGAGAAAGCUGGAGACGAGAGUAGAGCGCGCAGUGGAGGAGCCGUGUGUGCAGCGUGCGGUAUCUGUGCGUUUAUAGAGAACCCGGGCAGCGGACUAGAGCAGAUCUGUCAUCAUGGAUCGGUAUGGAAAUCUUUCUGAUGAUGGUGAAGUGGAUCACUCCUUUUUUGACAGUGAUGACGAGGAAACGAGACGACCGGGUGUCACUACAUCGGUUCACGCUACAUCCGAACGCAAGCAAAAUAAUCAUGAUUCCGAGUCAGAGGACAGUGAGAGAGGAGAAGAACCACCACAAGGAUCAAGCAGCAAAGAGCUGUCAAAGGAAACCCAGUCUAAGUUCUCAGGGACUGUGUUGUCCUUGGACGCUCCAAGACCCCGCAGUGCUGUAAAAUCGGGUAGGAGCUCAGCACAGAGCUUGAGAAUAGAAGCUACUAUUCCAACAGGAAUCCCCCAGAUAAGACGAGACUUCGAUGAUAAUUACUACCCAGACGAAGAUGACAGUAGUGAGGAGGAGAGCCGCAGCUCCAGACCAAAACCUACAAAGCAAACAAAUAUUGGGAAGAAGACUGCGGGAAAACACAGCAGAGACUUUCCUUCUUCCAUCUCCAGCUCCGAUACAGAAUUUUCUGAUACCACAUCAGAUGACCACACUCCGAGGUCCUAUCAGUCAUCCAAAGACAGAGCUCCUUCCUCUCUGCGUUCUCCUGAGCGCAGGCUACAUAGACCAUCCGCGAGAGACCUCAGGGACUAUGCUGAAGAGUCAGAGGACACAGUCACUGACGUGACCCCGCUCUCCACCCCUGACAUCAGCCCGAUACAGUCUUUUGACAUUGCGGCUACUAGCGAGGCGCUAAAAGCUAAAGUAAAGCGACAAGAGAACGUCAGACAGGAGUCAUGUGAUCCUGAGCUUGAUGGUAAAUCUGACCCUAAGGCUUUGCAGGACGCCAUGGACCUGAACCAGCUUCUGAAAGUGCUUCUGUUUUUUGCAGCAUUUAUGCACCUUGAUAAGAAGGAUCAGGAACGGUUUUCUCUUGAUCCCCCUUCCAUCACACUCAAGAAGAACUACUCUUUCACAAAUGAUGAAGUGAGACAGAUUGACCGGGAGAACCAGAGACUGCUGAAAGAACUGUCCAGACAUGCCACAAAGUCUAAGGGCAAGACCCUAACUCCUAAGACUAAACUGAACACGACCCCAACCCGGCUGUACCACAGCGCACUGAAUCGCCAGAAGGACCAGCAACGCAUCGAAAGGGAAAACAUGGCCUUUCUGAAGAGAUUAGAAUCAGUAAAGCCAACAGUUGGCAUGACCCGUUCUGAGCAGCUAAUGGAUUACCAACGUCAAGCAGGAUUCCUGAGCUCAACAGCAACAUCCCCAAGACCUGGAAAGGCUUCUGUUAGCCGCCUCAGUCAUGCAUCAUCAUCAGGUGGUGUCUCUCGGGUGUCUAGUGCCAACAGUCGAAGUAGUCGCAUGGGAAGCAGCGCAGCUCUUCUUAGACCCACAAAGUCCAGCAAUGUCCGAGCAGCUUGGAUGUGAUGACCCCACCAGGAAUUUUAUUAAUGUGUUACAAUUCAUCAAUUAAAUUAUUUUGUAAAUCAGGCUUCCUGCUGUUAUGGUGAAAUUCCUUGUCUUAGUGAGUGAGCUGUAUGAUGUGGUGUAAGGUUUAUUUAUAUUGUUUUAUACUGUAUAUGAUAUAUUUUGAUAUAGUAAUUAUUAUUCCAGAAUGCACUUAGGAGUGGGCAGUCGCUAUGUUGCCAGUUGUAUUGAAGAUUACAUUAAGGCAGAUUUAUAAUCCCAUAGAGGGCGGAAACUUAGACCGACUGUCUAGACCUGAGACCUGCACCAGAUUUAUCACAGUGGCUCAGGCUGGAUAGUAAAUCUGGUGCAUGGCUAGAAACUUUUGCCUAACUCUAUAAACUGGUUUGCUUAUUUUGUUUCGUGACAGAACUUUAUGCCAGAAUUGCAGUGCAAUUUUUAAUUUUGGCACAGAAUGUUGCAUUUUGUGCCACUCACCCUUUUCCGUUGAGUCAUGCCCUCUUGGCCAGGUAGGCGCAGUUGAUUUUCUAAUGUGAAUGUGCCAAUUCUCACCAGAUUACACCAAAAUGUAUAACGAUGUCUAGGUGCACUUACUUCAGUAAAUCUGGGCCGUUGUCGUUCCCUUUUGUUGAACUAUGAUGCAAUAAAGAGACUUACAAAUGGCCAUAUAUCUGUCUGCUACAUUCCAGAGUUUUAUAGUUUUCUCGAUAUUGUAAAGUUCUCUGAUUUAACUGUUUUAUUGUAUGAUGAUCCAUCUUUGUACUUGCAGCCUUAUUUCUACUUUAUAAAAAAUGGUUUACCUUGAAGAUCUUUAAUUUUGAGAGGUGCUGUGUGUAAGCGUGAACAUAUCUUUUCUGGACUUUAAUUGUGCCACAUUUCAGGGUUAUCUGUAGCAUAGCUCAUACUGUCAAGUCUCCGAUCUAAGGCCAGCAUCGGAUAGAGGAGGAAGCACUGAGCUCUUAGAUCUAUAUCGUUUUCUAUGAUUUGGUUCAGCUUUCAAGUGAAACAUUGACUCAUCAGUGACACAAGUGAUAUGAUUCUCUUUCUCUAGCAGAUACCUCUUUGCAUAUGGCUUAAUUCACUAUAUUCAUAUAAAAAGCGGUUUUAUAGUAGACCUGUAAGUCCUGCUUCCCCCCACCACCACACACACCCACAGUGGUUGGAAUUGUGGGCAGGAGAAGCAGGACGCUAUGGCCACUUUCACAUGGCAGCAUCAUGGAUUUGUAAGCCAAAACCAGGAGUGGGUCCAAAACACAAAAGAAGCCCAAAUCUGUCCAUUAUACUUUAUAUCUGUAGAUUCUGCCACGGGAGGACUGGCUAUAGAACUUGCAGGGAAAUUUCCUGGUGGGCUGGUGCCUUUCUCACCCCCGCCAGAUGAGUAAAUAAGGACCUGAUGCUCUCAGCGGUAAUUAAUGAUAGGAGCAUCAGGUACCUAUUCACCUGGCCAGCGACCAAAGGUCAAUUCAACUUGUAUCACAGUCCUCGGGAAGUUAAUAAAGUUGAAAACUGCAGGCAGGGAUGGCGAUAUUUUGUGCUUUACUGUGGUAUUUAGUUCUGCACUAUGGCGCGCACACACACAACUCUUUUGUCACACCUUCUGUCAAUUUGGACCAGUCUAUAACAUGGUGCCACUUUCAGGGGUGCGGGGGUUCUCCAGGGCCACUUUAUGUUCCUAGUCCGAUCCUGGAUUCCAUCCCUGGUUUUGGCUUACAAAUAUUAACCAAAUACUGAUGCAAAUACUGACCAAUUGCGGACCAUGUAAAAGUGGCCUAAGGGGAAGGUUUACUUUAUUAAGAGGUGCACAUUAUGAGCGCUUGAUUUACACCAGUUUUUUCAGAAACCAAGGGUGACCCUACCAUCACAUCGCCCCACCCACUUUGUGAAAAGUGUCCACAGCAUUGGAAUAAUCACAGAAAGCUGUAUUUGUUUGUGCAAAUAUGGCUUAUGCAAAUAUUUACAGCUUUUUAUGCCAGAAAACUACAUUCCCCACUCCAUGAGUCCUGACAGAAUUUAAACACUUUCUCCAUAAUAGCCUUAUGGAGAAAGUGUUUAAAUUCCACACGGUGGAUUUUGCAAAGACAAAAAUCGCCCAGCUGAAAAUAUUUUCCGUUUGAGUGCCAUGGUACCUGCUUGUGUUGUAGUCCCCACUGAAUAAAGCCAAAAUGCAAGUGGGUCUCGGGUCCCAGCGGCAUCCAGCGACAUGUCCUUUCUUGGUGCAGUUGCGACUAUAAACCGCAUGCAGCGCAGCCUCCGAGACAGAUCCAGCGUGGCUUUAUAGUGCGGCUUCUGAGCUAAAAGCAUCCUGUGAACGGGGCCUAAAAGUGUAAAUUGAGCCAUAGAAAACUAUAUAUCACUGAGUUCAGCAUCUCUCCCUCUAUAAUAUAUUGCCAUUAGAUAGGGUAGCUUAGGAGACAUGCAGCGCUGCCUAAGGCAGGAAUCACAUGUGCAAAUUUUGUGCCAAACACAAGAGUGGGUAAAAAAAAAAAAAGAGAAGUAUCAGUUUUUUAUUUGUACUUUUCCUUCUAUUUGGGUCCACUUCUGGUUUUGGUUCAAAAAUGGCAUCAAACCUGCAUGUGCUAUUCCAGCCUUAAAGGCUAUGGACACCUUAGGGGGCAUCUUUUUUCUUAAAUGCAUGUAUUUUUUGCUGAAAAAUGUUUGCGCAAUAGAAUUUUAAUAAAAGUGUUGCAGCAUUUUA